GUUGGUGCCAUGGUGCGCGUGGGGUGCUGGUGCAUAAAGUAACGGUGACGUGGCUGUUACUGACCCCUGAGUGAUUCUCCUUACUCCCCGAGUGGCUUGGUUAGGAACUGAGGCCAGGUGGGAUCGGGGAGCUGCAUGGGACUCGCCUGAGAGUAAGCCUGUCCUGCCCCAGGGGCUCACUCACUGGUGGGAGACGGGACGCUUGGAGGGCAGGCACGGCUCCUAGAGGAAGGACCCAUGUAACCCAUCCAGGACCCAGAGCGUGGGGACCGCAUACUGGGAGAGCGUGGAGGGAGUCUGUCAGGACCGAGGUGCUAUCUGUGCUGGGCCCUGCAGGCAGGCUCCUGGGCCCACGGUCACCCCGUGUGCCUGGGUCCGCCCCAGGUCCCCCCCCCCCCCCCCCCGAGGCCCAGCGCUGCUCCGGCCUGUCCUCCUCCUACCCAUCAACCUCUGACCCCUGCCGCCAGCCUUCAGGGCCCUCUGGGAGCUGAAUGCCCACCCAAGGCCCCGCUCCCGCCACCUCGCGGCAUUGUGCGCCGCCGGCCGGAAGUCUUCUGACCUUGUCCUGCCACAGCGACGCCCCCCCGGCUCCCGGCCCCCCAUCCACUGUUUCUCUGCUUUCCUGUUUUUCAUUUUGAACAAAUGUGACGGAAGCAGAUGUGGUGGCAAGGACAAGGAGGGCCGAGGCCCGAGCCUUCCUGUUCUUGCCUGGUCCUUGCUGCCCCUCAGCGGCCCCUGGAGCUCCCCGGGGCCCUCCUGCCGCAGCCCCUCCCAGGGCGGGAGCCAGGGAAUCGGGAGGGCCGGCUCCCGGGCCUCCGGGUCAAGUACGUCUUCCUGCUGUGGCUGGGCAUCUUUGUGGGCAGCUGGCUGGUGUAUGUGCACUACUCGACCUACGCGGAGCUCUGCCGCGGGCACGUCUGCCAGGUGGUUAUC